CCAAAAAAUGUCUCGCGCCAUACCACCUAGCCGCGGAGAGACGAAUGAAGCUAUAUAUAUAUAUAUAUAUAGUAUGCUUGAUUGAUUGAUGUUUCUCGCGACGAAUCCAUCGGAAAUUUGGUCCAAAGCAAAGAAAUCCAUAGGAAGGGAAGCAAUCCUCUUCUAGUGCUACAAUUCUGCCAUUAGUCUAUUUUUCCUAUAUAUAUAUAUAUAUAUACAUAUAUAUAUAUACAAGCCGUGUUGGCCACCUUUGAGUUGAUUUCAUCAUCAGAAAGAAAGCAAGGGCACAGCACAUCACUUGACUUCAUUUACUAGCAACAACCUGAGUGGGGCUUGCUGGCACUGGCGAGCGGCGCGGCGCGGCACCACACCAGAGCACGCAGAGAAGAGAGCCAUGGCGAGCGCGGGGAACGGCGGCGGCGGAGGCGGAGUCGGGGCGCUGAAGCGGUCCAUGGGCCCGCUGCGGCUGCAGUACUACAUCGUGAUGGGCGCGGUGGCGGCGGCGGUGGUGCUAGCCACGCUGCGGUACAUGCCGGGCCCGGCAAUCCCCGCGACCGCCACCGCCGGUAGCAGCGCUACCACCACCAGCGGCGGCGGCGGCGCUGUGGUGCGGUCGGCCCCAGCAGCCGCCGCUGAGGUGGAGGAUGAGGAGCAGGCGCAGGAGGGGACGACGACGGCGACGACGAAGAAGAAGAGGAGGAAGAAGGGGGACGGGCUGGUGCUGUUCAACUUCGGCGACUCCAACUCCGACACGGGCGGCGUGGCGGCGGUGAUGGGGAUCCGUAUCGCGCCGCCCGAAGGGAGGGCCUACUUCCACCACCCCACGGGACGGCUCUCCGACGGCCGCGUCAUCCUCGACUUCAUCUGUGAGAGCCUGGGCACGCCGCACCUGAGCCCGUUCAUGAAGCCGCUGGGCUCCAACUACACCCACGGCGUCAACUUCGCCAUCGCCGGAUCAACGGCCACGCCGGGAACUACCACCUUCUCGCUGGACGUGCAAGUGGACCAGUUCGUCUUCUUCAAGGAGAGGUGCCUCGACCUCAUCGACAGAGGUGAGGCUGCCCCAAUCGAAGAGAAGGCGUUCCCAGAUGCUAUAUACUUCAUGGACAUCGGGCACAAUGACAUCAACGGUGUUCUCCACUUGCCCUAUCAUACGAUGCUCGAAAAGCUUCCCCCUGUAAUUGCUGAAAUCAAGAAAGCCAUCGAGAGGUUGCACAAGAACGGAGCCAGGAAGUUCUGGAUACAUGGGACGGGAGCGUUGGGGUGCAUGCCUCAGAAGCUUUCGAUGCCGAGGGAUGACGACAGCGACCUCGAUGAGCAUGGGUGCAUCGCGACCAUCAACAAUGUCUGCAAGAAGUUCAAUUCUCUACUGAGUGAAGCCCUGGACGAGCUGCGCUUGACGCUGAAGAGUUCAACGAUCGUCUUCGUGGAUAUGUUUGCUAUCAAGUAUGAUCUUGUUGCCAACCACACGAAAUACGGGAUUGAGAAGCCAUUGAUGACAUGUUGUGGUCAUGGAGGCCCCCCUUACAACUAUGACCCCAAGGAGAGCUGCAUGACUUCGGACAAAUACCUGUGUAAGCUUGGCGAAAAGUUCAUAAGCUGGGACGGGGUUCACUUUACCGAUGCUGCAAACGGCAUUGUGGCUUCCAAAGUGCUCAGUGGCGAGUACAACAUUCCCAGGGUCAAGCUGACCAGCCUCCUCCCCAAACCAAAAUCCGAUGAAUAAUGGUGAUGCAGCAUCUUCGUUGGCCUUUAGUUUGGCCUAUCAAGGAUGAUGAAAAUGAAACUACUAACAAAACUGACCACACCAAAGUUUAAUUAUUCUGAGGUUAUUACAUUACAGCCGUUGCAGAAGACGACUUUCCUUUUGUUUUCUUCUAUUUUUGUACAAUCGGGGCAUAUGUAUAUCCUAGGGCUUAAUACAUGGUUGUACUGUACAUGAUGAUGCGCCGAUGCAGGUGUCUGUACCAUCUACCAUGUAUUAUUCUUUUCUUAUGAAUUUUGGGUCAAUAAAUAGAGAUGAGUAUCUGACAUAUCUUUAUCGA